UUAGGUAACAAUUUAAGCUAUAAUGUUUUCGUAAGCAAUUUCCAAAACCAGUUACCUGAUAGCACCUAAUCUAAUCCUCCAGGUAUAAAUAAUCAUGCCCUGCGUUCUGCGGUUGACCGUUACACUAUUCUCAUGGAAUAAAUUUCCUUCAUCUGAGGGUUUAACAUGCAAAAAUUGCGAUGACAGCACAGCUGAUUGUCGAAGUGGAAGCAUUAGUAACGAAAAACCAUGUACGUCGUAUGGCCAGUAUGAAAUGUCCUGCGUCUCGUUGGAAAAGCCAAACAAUGUCGUGUUAAGAGGGUGUGCUGUUAAAAAUUCGACAAGGUCGGUAUGUCACAUAUUACAACAACGCGAUGCAACAUACAGAAAUUGCAAGGAAUGUGAUUAUCCUAAUAUGUGUAAUUCACAUAAUCACGGCAGCUAAAAAUAUUCUCCUGAUUGGACUGUUGGGACUAGUGUUGCCAGGUCCGAUUUGUUUUAAAUCGGGGCAGAAGGUUGAACAAAUCGGGAUUUACGGUUUUCAAUCGGGGCAAACAAAAACAAGUAAAAAGGUUUGCGCCCUAAUGGGAGUAACGCGCAUUUUGCGUCAUGUCUUUGUUUUGCACUGCUGGCCUUCACUAAUUCUUUAACUUUACACAAUAAAGUUGAUCCAUGUCAAAGAUUUAUUGAUUUAUCGGGACCUUAAGUGUCCGGAUUAGGUGCAAAUAGGGACGGGUCCCAAGACCCCUGAAAAUCGGGACAUCUGGCAACACUAGUUGUAUGACUAAGAUUCUUACCCUACAUAAUGUAUUUUGAGCUAAUAUCAGCUAAAUAAAACUAUUAACAACAUA